AUGGCAGAGACCGAAAGCACCGUUCUCAACACCAACGUGAAACAGAAAGACCCCAGUGAGGCACUGGUCAUCGCAGUGACAGCUAGGGCCAUCUUCAACCUGGAGGAGGAACAUGCGCUCUUCUUGGCCAAGGGCAAGGACGAGUACGUGAGGCACCAGCAGGCCAACCAGAACAAGCCUCUGCCCCCAGGCACAGCCUUCAGCUUCAUCCAGGCAGUGCAGCACGUCAAUGAGCAACUGCUGGCGGAUGACCCGAUGGAGCAGGACCUCUUUGACAUCAUUGUGCUCUCCAACAACAGCCCCGAGAGCGGCGCGCGCAUCAUCAACAGCGCCAAGCACUAUGGCCUGGAGAUCUCCAAGUUCUGCUUCGUCAGCGAUGAGGACUCCACACAGUACCUGAAAUCCCACCACGUGAAGCUCUUCCUCUCAGCCGACCGGACAGACGUUUGCAACGCUCUCCGCAGAGGGGUUUCUGCAGCACUCGUCUUCCAGCAAGAAGUGCAGACCUCCAGCACCCAGCUGCGCGUGGUGUUUGAUGGCGACGCUGUGCUCUUCUCGGACGAGACGGACCAGGUCUUUCGGGAAAAGGGACUGGAGGGAGCUGUGCAGUACGAGAGGGCCAUGGAGGCUGUGCCCAUGGGAGAGGGUCCUCUGAAGGCUUUUGCCAUGCGCCUUGGGAAGAUACGAAAGAAGUUCAGCCAGGAGAAAUCUCCCAUCCGCACCUAUUUGGUGACAGCCCGCAGCGGCCGGGACAUGGGCAUCCGAGCCAUCAAGACGCUUCGGGAAUGGGGCUUGGCCAUUGAUGAGGCCUUCUUCAUGGACGGGGCUCCCAAGGGCCCCAUCCUCACCCAGAUCCAGCCCCACAUCUUCUUUGACGACGGCCUUCAUAACAUACAGGGGGCUCAAGAAGUGGGUGUACCCUCUGCCUGGGUGCCCUCACAGUGCUGACAGCCCGGGCACCGAGGGCCAGCA